UCUCUCUCUCUCUCUCUCCUUCUCUCUCUCUCUUUCUCUUUCUAAUCCUCCCUUAGCGGUGGCGAGACCGUAGAUUCCGGCCUCUUGGCCCUCUUCCCACCACCCUUCUCCCCUUUCUGAUCUUGUUUUUACCGGUAACCGUCUGUGCCGCUGUCCAAACCCACUUUUUGUACACUGCUAUUUUAUACUCUUUUUUUUUUUUCCGUCUCUAUUGUUUUUUUGGUUUGCUGACGUGGCGCCAAAUGAGCAAUGAGUAAAACGAUGAAACAUCCACCCCGGCGAGUGGCGACACCAGCAGCGUCAGAUAAGCGUAAAGAGAGGGAGGUUUUUUACGCCCCUGAAAUUCCAAAAAUACCCAAACUCGCCGCCUCCAGAGCCGGCUCCUCAAAACCCUACGAGCCGGCUUAUCGCAACCAGCUUCUGGCGGGAUAUCUGGCGCACGAAUUCCUCACCAAGGGAACCCUUCUGGGCGAAAAAUGGGAGCCAGAUCGAGCCGAUGCUGCGCCGGUGCCAGUCGAGUUCAAGAGGAAGGAGAAGGGGAAGGGGAAGGGCAGAGCGGAGCCGAGCGCAGAGGCGUAUAACAGGUACGUGGAAGUAGCUGAUUUGCUGAAGAGGGAUGGGGCCCAUUUGCCUGGAAUAGUGAACCCGACCCAACUCGGACGGUUCUUGCACAUGUGACAUCUCAGCAAGGCAGCAUAGACACGUGGAGGAAGACCAUUGGUCGUCUCCACUUUAGAUUUCUUCUCACCAUCCAUUGGAUUUUGUAAACACAGUAAGCAACAUUUUGUUUUGUAUCUCAACAUCGAUUUAAAUCCGAUAGAUAAGAAUUUUCAGAUCGCUUUAACCCGAUCCGUUUAGCCCCAAGAAAUGCCAAGAAUGGAAGGGAUAGGAAGAACAUGCAGGCAUUUACGAAGCAACAAUUAAUGGGUUCUUCUCUCUGUCUUCUUCAUUGUUGAAUGAUGAACUGCCUUGGGUUUCUGUA